UAACAUGUUUUAUAAACAAGUGUUGUUAAAAAUUUGAAAUAUUUUCCACUACCAACACUAGAGCUGUCAAAUGUCAAUCAAUCUGACACGCACCUAACUUCAGAGCAAACAAUCCAUUUUGUUACCAUCCGUGGAUUUUAUUUCAAGUUCAUGACACGGUGUAAUUCUGACUCGACGCACGAAUAUCUUGUUGUCGUACCGAACGCGAGUGAAAGGAGCUCAGGCAGCAUGACUAUUGUGUGAAACUAUUAUUAUUUAAAAUAUUGUGAAGUCCUUACGUUUUAUUAUUUUGAUUUGUGUGUUUUGAAAUUGUGCAAAAUGGUACAGGAAUACAUAUCCCCCGUUAGGGUACAUAAGUAUCCCUUCGAAAUGGUGAUGGCUGCCUACGAGAGGCGGUUUCCGAGCUGCCCUCAGAUCCCGGUGGUGGUGGAGUGCGUCAUCACAGAGGACAGCUGGACAGCAGACAACUCACAGCGGCUCACCACCAGGCGGUGCCAGCUCAAUGUCGAGGCUCCUUAUCUUCUUAAGAAGAUGAUUGGUGUCGACUACAUCUACUUCAUCCAGAAGAACGUCUUGGACCUCAAAACCAGGACUCUGGAUAUCGAAGCCACGAACGAGACCUUCGCCAACAGAGUUGGAGUUGUCGAGAAGUGUAGAUACUAUGUCCAUCCCGAGAACGCACAAUGGACGUGCUUCGAACAGAGCGCGACACUCGACGUAAAGAACUUCUUCGGACUGGAGAGCACCGUCGAGAAGAUCGCCAUGAAGCAGUACGCGGCGAAUAUCGCUAAGGGCAAAGAGCUGAUAGAAUCGUUUAUGAAGGAAGUCAACGACGAAGGGGUGAAGGAGCUGGCUCCGUGGAACCCCAAGGACGAUGCGGCGAACUUGGAGCUGAGGAGAAUCGUGUCCAGGGGGACCGAGCUACCGAAGGGACAAUCACAACCAGAUCAAUAUACGCUGGACAGCGAGUACAUCAAGCGUCAUCUUGGCGAGCUGACCCCGGUACAGGAGGCUCGCUUGCUGCAGCUCAGAAAAUGGAUAGCCGACUUGCAGAAGGGCAAAGUACCAAGCGACACGACCCUGCUCCGCUUCCUGCGCGCUCGCGACUUCAACGUGGAGAAGGCUCGAGAGAUGCUGUCGCAGUCGCUGCUGUGGCGCAAGAAGCACCAGGUGGACCGUCUGCUCUCCGAGUACGAGACUCCCGAUGUCGUCAAGCAGUACUUCCCUGGUGGAUGGCAUCACCAUGACAAGGACGGACGUCCGCUGUACAUUCUGCGAUUGGGUCAGAUGGACGUGAAGGGACUACUCAAGUCCAUCGGUGAAGAUGGCCUCUUGAAGUUGACACUUCACGUGUGCGAGGAAGGUCUGAAGCUCCUGGAGGAGGCGUCGGGCGCGUCGUCCCGCGCAGUGCAGGCGUGGUCGCUGCUGGUGGACCUGGACGGGCUCAACAUGCGCCACCUGUGGCGGCCCGGCGUGCGCGCGCUGCUGCGCGUCAUCCAGCUCGUGGAGGCCAACUACCCCGAGACCAUGGGCCGCGUGCUCAUCGUGCGCGCGCCCAGGGUUUUCCCGAUAUUGUGGACCAUUGUUAGCACUUUUAUUGACGAAAACACGCGCAGCAAGUUCCUAUUCUACGGCGGUAAGGACUACCUGCAGCCCGGCGGGCUCCUCGACUAUAUCCCCAAGGAUCUCAUCCCGGACUUCCUUGGAGGACCCUGCAAGAGCUUCGUGCACGAGGGGGGGUUGGUCCCCAAGAGUCUGUACGUGAGUGGAGCCUUCACUGAACGCGAGGGGGACCCUCUCAGCGAGGACAGCAUCUACAGAUCCGUCAGCUUGGGGAAAGGACAGGUGCACGAGGUGAUAGUCCCAAACCGGGACCCGCAGAGCGUCCUGACGUGGGAUUUCGACGUGUUGCGACACGACAUCGCCUUCACCGUGUACCGCACUGAGCACCAGCUCGACCACCCGCCGCCGGACACUACCGCCCUGUGCGUAGGUGGCGCGGACGAGGCCAAGUCCGUGCUGGAGCAGAAGGGCUGGCGCGAGGGGGAACACUACCACAGGGUCGAGCCCACACUCGUCUGCCACGACGGGGAGAGCAUACAGGGCUCGCACGUGAUGCUGGAGUGCGGCAGCUACAUCCUGCAGUGGCGCUGCGAGCUGCUGGACUCCGCGCACCGCGCCGCGCAGCUCAUGUACUUCCACGAGACCCUCGCCAGCCACCACUACAAGGGCUCGAUGUCGAGCCUGCAGUCGGGCACGAGCGGGUUCUCGUGCCUGAGCGGCAAGUCCGCGGCCAGCAGCUGUCCCUCGCGGUGAUGCUCGCUGCUCGCGCUGCCCGCGCCCCCGCCCCCUCUAGCCACCGACACCCAGUGGCUAAAGACCCCCUAGCCACUCACCCCUACAGGCUAAAGUGACAAGUGGCUACAAACAUUGCACCUUCAUUACGAUUCUAACCUGAACGCAGGUGAAACGUAUUCGAUGUUAAGUUUUUAGAUUAAGUAACAAUCAUUGCAUCUGAAUAAUUGAGUGUUUCAAAAUCGCGUCAAUAUUUGAGUAAAACGAUUACUUUGCGAUGGAGUGUCCGCAUAUAUUAAACGGUAAAAAUAUUUAAAUUGACGAAACAUGUUGAAUUUGACGCCAUUUUGGAAUUUGAAUUCGUAUAAUCGCUAUUGGAUUUGAUGUAGUUAAGAAUUCGAUGGAACUGUAACUCAAUAGUUGCAGAUUACUAGUAAAUCAUUUAGUUUAUAAGACAUUAUAUUGUUCACACUAGAUGCGAUGUAUAAGGUAAAAAGAAAAAAACAAUAUUUAAAUAAAAUAUUUUUAAUAUCUUGACAAUGUUUGAAGGAAAAAAACUGCUUUUGUAUUUUGAAAUGUCGCGAGCAAUGAUUAACAUUGCUCAAUGGUCAAACGGUCAAUGCUAAAAAUAUCAAUAUUUACAAAUAAUAGCGAAAUAAUUAUAUUAAUUAUAUCUCUUAAUAGUAGAAAAUCAUGUUAACUUUGACCGGGCAUCGCUCGAUGCGCACGCGCAACAUUUUGAUCUCUUUGCGUCCUUUAGAUCCACGGAUAUGAUGUACGCUGUAUAUUAUGGCGGGUUCUGACGACAUGACUGUUUUGUGAAAUGUACGAGAAAACUACACUUCUUCUUUUUACCCCACUGCUGGGCAAAGGUAUUCCCCAUAUUUAUGUUAUUUUUUAUAUAGAAAACCUUUUCAAUGUUAAAUAAUUUUAACCUUUGCCCUAUCGCCUAGUUUUUGAAUAAAGCCUAGAUUUUGGUCUAAUAAGAUCCUACUUGUAUAAAAACAUUCCAGUCCAAUGUGACUAAUACUUUACUCUUUGCCCACAUAUUUAUAUGUUAUAUUAAAAUAUACUAUAAUAAAAAAUGGUAUUUACAUCGUACUAUAUGGCACUACUUAGUUCAAAAGAAUAUUAAAAUUGUAACUUAACUACGUUUUACCUGACUUAGCUGAUUCUAUCUUUAAGAAUCUAGUUAUUCUAGAAUAUUAUAAAUACUAGCUGUCUUUAGCUAUUAUUAAAUACUAGACUAUGUACUACUUUACGUAGACAACUUAACAAGUUCAUUCAGAACUUUAAGUAGGAGUCUAGCUCACUUGUUAUCUCUUUCUAGGACGAUAGAUCGUUGUUGUUAGACAAGGACAGUUAUAUAAUCGUCAGUCUCAACGCCUGAACAAGCCAUAACAUACCGUGACAAAUAGUUCUUAUAUAUUCAUUAUAUCGUAGCUAUAAAAUGUGUGGAGUUAAUGUAGCUCAAGACGCCAACUUUAAACAAAUUUCGAUCUUAUAAUAGUUGUAUAAAGUCUAUUUUUCAAUGAGUAAAGAAAUAUGUGAGUAAAAUAUCUGCGCAUGUGUAAUGGGCUGUAAAUAACGCAUGUUGCUGUAAGUGCUGUUGUUACGCGGUUUGUGAGGUUAGGCGAAGUUAUUGAAAGCAAAUUGUAGGUCUUAUCAUCUCCAUACAUAUUAAAAUAAAAUGUACCAAGAAACUGCAAAGUAAAAACAGCCUUAUACAUGCGUUAUUUAAGUUCAAAAUACACUUUAUAUACAGAUAUAUAGCCAAAUGAAUGCUCACAUUAUAAGGUAAGUUAGAGAAACAGUGUUGGGUACAAAAUCGUGUUAGGAAAGAGGCGGUUAGUCCAGGAGAUAGUCAAAAGUGUCAAAAUAAUACAUAAGUUACAAAAAGUCUAUUUUCCUGUAACAGUUUGUUUUCAUAGCAAUAAUAGAGUACUAUUUUUAUAACAUGUUCUUAUCGUCUGGAUAUACUAGUUAUACGCUGAACUCCUGGCCUAACUUUGCAGGCUUGUGGCUCACUUAGCGA